AUGUCUGCUUCAGUUAAAGGGAUUUUCAUCGUGGGCGCUAAAAGGACGCCGUUUGGUACCUUCGGCGGAGUCUUCCGCAACACAUCCGCGACCGAACUGCAGACGAUAGCCACUGUCGGUGCGCUGAAGGAGGCCGGAGUGUCCCCGGCUCAGGUCGACAGCAUGGUCGUGGGCCAAGUCAUCUCUUCAUCACAAACUGACGGAAUCUACACGCCACGUCACGCGGCGCUCAAAGCUGGUAUUCCUCAAGAGAAGCCGGUGCUCGGCAUCAACAGACUAUGCGGCUCUGGUUUCCAGUCGAUCGUGAACAGCGCUCAGGACAUUUUGACCGGCGCAGCCAAGAUCUCAGUAGCGGGGGGAGUAGAGAACAUGUCGCAAGCGCCCUUCGCGGUCAGAAACGUGAGGUUCGGCACGGCUCUGGGCACCAACUACGCCUUCGAAGACACCCUCUGGGCCGGACUCUCGGACUCCUACUGCGGACUCCCCAUGGGCAUGACCGCCGAGAAGCUAGGAGCCCAGUUCGGAAUCACCAGAGACGAAGUUGACAAUUACGCUCUACAAUCGCAACAGAAGUGGAAGACUGCUAACGACGCAGGAGUAUUCAAAGCGGAGAUCGAACCUGUGUCUCUUACGAUCAAGAGGAAGGAGGUCAAGGUCGAGGUAGACGAGCACCCUCGUCCUCAGACCACACUCGAGGGCCUGAAGAAACUGCCCCCCGUCUUCAAAAAGGAAGGUCUAGUCACUGCUGGAACUGCUUCUGGUAUCAGCGAUGGUGCUGGAGCGCUGGUGCUGGUCAGCGAGGAAGCCGCCAAGAACCUAAAGCCCCUCGCUCGCCUCGUAGGCUGGGCCUAUGUGGGAGUGGACCCCAGCAUCAUGGGCAUUGGGCCUGUGCCCGCCAUCGAGAACCUUCUUAAAGUCACCAAACUCACCCUCAAUGAUGUCGACCUUAUUGAGAUCAACGAGGCCUUCGUGGCUCAGACGCUGUCGUGUGCCAAGGCGCUGAAGCUCGACAUGAGCAAGCUGAACGUCAACGGAGGCGCCACCGCGCUGGGACACCCGCUCGGCGCUUCCGGCUCCCGGAUCACGGCGCACCUCGUGCACGAGCUCAGACGGCGCGGGCUGCGGCGCGGGGUGGGGUCGGCCUGCAUCGGCGGGGGGCAGGGCAUCGCCCUCAUGAUCGAGACUGUUUGA